AAAGAACGUGCGCGUGUCCGCCUCUUCCUUUCUGAGCUGAGUCGCUCGCCAUGGCGCCGAAAAAGCCGGUUUCUGUCAAGAAGGAUAAAAAAAAGCCUUCCUGGAAGUUCACGCUGGAUCUGACGCACCCGGUGGAGGAUGGCAUCCUGGAUUCGGGGAACUUUGAGACCUUUCUGAAGGAGAGGGUGAAGGUGAACGGCAAGACCGGUAACCUGGGCAACCUUGUUCAAAUUGUCCGUCUGAAGAACAAAAUAACUGUCACGUCAGAAAAACAGUUUUCCAAAAGGUACCUGAAGUACCUCACAAAGAAGUACCUGAAGAAGAACAACCUGCGUGACUGGCUGCGGGUGGUGGCCUCUGAUAAGGAGAGCUAUGAACUGCGCUACUUCCAGAUCAGUCAGGAUGAUGAGGAGUCGGAGACAGACGAGUGAAUGUAUGACAUCCAGCCUUCAUGCCAAUCGUGUUGGCCACACCAUCUAUCACUGAUAUUUAUUGGUGAAAUAAAGAUCUAUGCCUAUUU